AUGGGUGAUGAUAAUAUUUUACCGUCGGUUCGCUCCGUGGUGUUCAAGGAGUCAGAAACCCUAGAAGGGAAAUGUAUUAAGAUUGAGGGUUAUGAUUUUAAUCAAGGAGUUAACUAUCCCCAGAUUUUUAAAUCGUUGGUCUCCACCAGUUUCCAAGCAUCGAAUCUCGGAGAAGCUAUUGAUGCUGUUAAUGAAAUGGUGUUUCGUGGUUCAAAGCUAGAUUGGCGACUGGCAAAUGAAAUAGCAGCUGAAGAUUGCAGGGAAGAAGAGAGGAAUCAUGUUUUUAGGGAGUCUGUGAGGUGCAAAAUAUUCUUAGAUUUUACGUCGAAUCUUAUCUCUUCCAGUUUCCGUGACAAUGUACGAUAUCUUGUUCAUCAUAUGGUCGAUGUUGUUGUAACUACUACAGGCGGCGUAGAAGAAGAUCUUAUAAAAUGUCUUCCACCUACAUUUAAAGGUGAUUUUCCUUACCUGGAGCUAAAUUACGCUCGAAAGGAUUGA